AUGGGCGUAAUUUUUUUGGCACCUAUUGCAGAUGCUGGAUGUGGGGCAUACUGUGCUAUAAGGAACUGUGGCCAUGGUGUCUGUACGCUGCAAGGCAAUGAAAAGCUGUGCAUGUGCGAAAGAUGCCCGCUACCAUCUCAGGCAGGAUUAGCAGGGGGAGGGCCUCCGGGAAUGCCUCAAGGAGGGCCUCCGGGAGGACUUCCGGGAAUGCCUCAAGGAGGGCCUCCGGGAGGACUUCCGGGAAUGCCUCAAGGGAGGGCCUCCGGGAGGGCUUCCGGGAAUGCCUCAAGGGAGGGCCUCCGGGAGGGCUUCCGGGAAUGCCUCAGGGAGGGCCUCCGGGAGGGCUUCCGAUGA